GAAGUCUCUGCUGCGAUGUCGGAGACCGCUCCCGUCGCAGCGCCCGCGGUCGCGGCUCCCGGCGCCAAAGCCGCCGCCGCCAAGAAGCCGAAGAAGGCGGCGGGCGGCUCCAAAGCCCGCAAGCCCUCGGGCCCCAGCGUCACCGAGCUGAUCACCGAGGCCGUGUCCGCCUCCAAGGAGCGCAAGGGGCUCUCCUUGGCCGCCCUCAAGAAGGCGCUGGCGGCCGGCGGCUACGACGUGGAGAAGAACAACAGCCGCAUCAAGCUGGGGCUCAAGAGCCUCGUCAGCAAGGGCACCCUGGUGCAGACCAAGGGCACCGGCGCCUCCGGCUCUUUUCGGCUUAACAAAAAGCCCGGAGAAGUGAAAGAAAAAGCCCCGAAGAAGCGGGCAGCAGCAGCCAAGCCCAAGAAGCCGGCAGCCAAGAAGCCAGCGAGCGCUGCCAAGAAGCCCAAGAAGGCAGCGGCAGUGAAGAAGAGCCCCAAGAAAGCCAAGAAGCCGGCAGCCCCCGCUCCCAAAAAGGCGGCUAAAAGCCCCAAGAAGGCAGCCAAGGCUGCAAAGCCCAAGAAGGCAGCGAAGAGCCCAGCCAAGGCGAAAAAGGUUGCGCCCAAGCCGGCCAAGCCCAAGGCGACCAAGCCCAAGGCGGCUAAGGCGAAAAAGGCUGCGCCCAAAAAGUGAAGUGUUGAAGUGGAAGUACUUAAGCCCAACGGCUCUUUUAAGAGCCACCCACGAUUGUCAGAAAAAGAGCUGAUGCUCUCUUGUCGCCGAACUCUGCGCCUGCAGUGGAAUUAACCACACCACUAUCCGUGUGGGACGUUGGUCUGUGCAGGAUGGGACGCUGAACUUCCAGCCAUCGUUACGUUAAGUCUUGAAAAAAUAAAGUUUACAUUCCCUGGGAAA